AGUUUAAUAGUAGCGCGGUCCCCAUACGGCUGUAAUCAGUGAAUUAGAAAAAAAACACCCCAGCAGCGAUCUUCUAUGAUAGAUUUUUUUUUCCUUCGCGCUCGCCUUUUUCCUGGGCCUUGCCCCCCCAAAGCCCCUCCAAAAGAGGGAACUUUUCCUCCGAGGGGGCUCCAAGGAGAAGGCCAUGAAUUACGAAUUUGAGCGAGAGAUUGGUUUUAUCAAUAGCCAGCCGUCGCUCGCUGAGUGCCUGACAUCUUUUCCCCCUGUCGCUGAUACAUUUCAAAGUUCAUCAAUCAAGACCUCGACGCUUUCACACUCGACACUGAUUCCUCCUCCUUUUGAGCAGACCAUUCCCAGCCUGAACCCGGGCAGUCACCCUCGCCACGGCGCUGGCGUUGGCGGCCGCCCCAAGUCGAGCCCCGCGGGCAGUCGCGGCAGCCCGGUGCCUGCCGGCGCCCUGCAGCCGCCUGAGUAUCCCUGGAUGAAGGAGAAGAAGGCGGCCAAGAAAACCGCGCUGCCGCCCGCCGCCGCCUCCACGGGCCCUGCCUGCCUCGGCCACAAAGAAUCCCUGGAAAUAGCUGAUGGCAGCGGCGGGGGAUCCAGGCGUCUGAGAACCGCGUACACCAACACUCAGCUUUUGGAGCUGGAAAAGGAAUUUCAUUUCAACAAGUACCUUUGCAGACCCCGCAGGGUGGAAAUCGCCGCGCUGCUGGAUUUGACCGAGAGACAAGUGAAAGUGUGGUUUCAGAACCGGAGAAUGAAGCAUAAGAGGCAAACCCAGUGCAAGGAGAACCAAAACAGCGAAGGGAAAUUUAAAAACCUGGAGGACUCGGACAAAGUGGAGGAAGACGAGGAAGAGAAGUCACUCUUUGAGCAAGCCCUCAGUGUCUCCGGGGCCCUUCUGGAGAGGGAAGGGUACACUUUUCAGCAAAAUGCGCUCUCUCAACAGCAGGCUCCCAAUGGACACAAUGGCGACUCCCAAACUUUCCCAGUUUCGCCUUUAACCAGCAAUGAGAAAAAUUUGAAACAUUUUCAGCACCAGUCACCCACUGUUCCUAACUGCUUGUCAACAAUGGGCCAGAACUGUGGAGCUGGCCUAAACAAUGACAGUCCCGAGGCCAUCGAGGUCCCCUCUUUGCAGGACUUCAAUGUUUUCUCCACAGAUUCCUGCCUGCAGCUUUCAGAUGCACUGUCGCCCAGCUUGCCUGGCUCCCUGGACAGUCCUGUAGAUAUCUCAGCUGACAGCUUUGACUUUUUUACAGACACACUCACCACAAUCGACCUACAGCAUCUGAAUUACUAAGAACAUUAAAGCAAAACAAAGCUUCACAAAACAAAACGCCUUUGACCAGGUGGCUUUGCCUUCUUUUAUUCUGGGAGUUGAUUUUCGUUUUAGUUUCUUCUUGAUCUACCCCUACUCUCUCAAAUGUUGAGGACUUUCCGUUUAAUGUUCUCCCCUGACACAGUUUUAAAGCCAUCUCUUGCAAAUUAUGUUGGCGUUCUAAGUGGUUUUUACACAGAACCCAACAAGCUUCUAUGUGAUUUUCCUGAAAAACAAAACAGGAGGCCUGCAAGAAAGUGACCAUAAAUUGUCUUGUCACUUUCUGUUUAUUUUUGUACCACAUUAGAAUGCAUUGUCAUGCGUAUUUUUGGUAGAAUAAAUUCUCCUUUGCUAUAAGUAGCUUUCUUAUUUUUUUCUUCCCCUCUUUCUCAAGACUCAUACUGAUUUCUUAUACUUCUUUUAGUCUAACAUGGUAAAUAAAAGUCUGGUCACAAUUUA